UCAAGUUGUUGGUGACGAUUAUGCUAGCCUUGAUAAUCAGCCUGUUCGUCAUAUUUGACAAAGAAACAUCUCCUCGGUUUAACCAGGACAUAAAGUCUUCAAAGCAGGACUCACCUCGAACGGAGAUCAACAGUGUCGGGCGACUGUACAUGAACCUGACGAAACAUGACGAAGAACAAAAGCACAUCGUGUCGGGUAAUAACACUUUAAGGCAAGUGGAUGGACAUUCAUCAUGGAAACAAGACGAGUUGAGGAAGCUGUCCUAUGUUAUACAGCAGAGACUCUAUUUCCUUCAGAACCCUCCAGACUGCACCAAGGCCAAGAAGAUCUUAUGCACCUUUAAAAAGACAAGCGGAUUCGGUAGCAAGGUACACCAUGUGUCGUUCUGCAUGUUGAUGGCGUACGGCAGUGGGAGGACCCUCGUUCUUGAGUCCGGCGAGGGAUGGCACUAUUCUAAGGAGGGAUGGGAAAAGUUCUUCCGCCCUCUCAGUGACACUUGCCUUGAUGGGACAGGAGAGACUACAUCUUACAAUAAGUGGCCAACUCCUGAUGGGAAUAAGAGCAUCCAAGUGGUGGAGCUCCCGAUUGUAGGAACAUUUGUUAAAACGAACAAAAAGCCAGUCUUCCUGCCCUGGGCAAUUCCAGAAGACAUCUCGAAGAGACUGAGGAGGGUCCAUAGUAAACCCCACGUCUGGUGGAUAGGACAGAUCAUGACCUACAUUCUGAAACCUCAGCCUCAAGCCCAAGAAUUCAUUGACAAGAAGAUUAAUGCCUUGGAAUUCACACGUCCGAUCGUUGGCAUUCAUGUCAGGCGGACAGACAAGCUCAUUAGGGAAGCCAAAUUUCAUGGAAUCGAGGAGUACAUGGACCAAGUUGAAAAAUACUACCAGAAAUUGGAGAAGAGAAAAAAGGUGUCCGUCAGGAGAGUCUUCUUAGCAACAGACACGGUCGGUCUGCUCGACGAAGCCCAGAAAAAAUAUCCUGGUUAUGUAUUUAUUAGUGACACUAAUAUAUCAUUGUCAGCCAAUGUAUCAUUGAGAUUGUCAGAGGAAUCUUUGAUGGGUAUCAUCGUAGACCUUCAUCUUCUGGCUCGUUCGGAUUUUCUUGUUUGCACGUGUUCCUCAAAUAUAUGUCGACUGGCUUACGAGAUGAUGCAGCGUUCCAAUGUAGAUGUCUCCAAAAAACUCCACUGCCUCGACAGACGAUACUACUGGCACGGAGAAAAUAUCAAACACAAAACAGCAAAGAUGCCUGUGUAUGAAGGGGCUGAGAACGUUCACCUGUAUGGUGUGUGACCGGACCCAAGCUCUUUCUGAUUUUCAUCAUUUGUUUGGCUUGAUAAUGAUUUUUUUUAAAAACGUUUUAGCCCUCCAUAGGCUUUUUUUAUUGAGUCAAACAAAAGAUUGUACAAUUCAAUGAAAAGAAA